AUUGGAAGUAGAUAGAAUAUUUUUUUAUAAAAAACGAGUCCGCUUUUAUGUUAGUUCGUACUAUAAAAUUCCUUUGUUUGUGAGAAAAUUUUCUCACAAAAGAAAAGUUAAAGGAAAUAAAAAGAGUUAUAGAAUGGAUUACUACCUAUGCCAAGAUCGCGUAUAAAUGGAAAUUUUAUUGAUAAAACCUUUACAAUUGUAGCCGAUAUCUUAUUACGAGUCAUUCCGACAACUUCCGGAGAAAAAGAGGCAUUUACUUAUUACAGAGAUGGUGCGAUUUGAUUAUCAUUAUCAUUUUUUUCUAUUUCUCACCGAUUUGGAAUAGAAAAAAAUGAGUAUUGAAAAAAAUCUACGCUUUUGAAGGUGAAGUUUAUAAUAUAAAAAAGCAAUCCCUUCUGUCAUGUAUCCACGAUUAGUGCAGCCUUAGAUGCUUCAAUUAUGAAUUCUAGUAUUGAGCAAAAGGUUUUUUACCUACGGUUCCCGUAUUACAGAUCAAUCCUACUAGACUAAUACAAUAUACGAAUAGGAGGCACAGGGGAAGAAGCACUACGCCGAGAAAUCAACAACACGAAAACUUUCUUCAAAAAGAUUCCUUUUCUUUCUUCUUCUUUGGGAUUGGGACUAAUUAAAAUGGUUGGAACAAUAAACAUCCAUCUCGUCCGUACUUUGGAUACCCGUAUAACCAUUGAAGACUGUUGAAGUGACUAAUUCCUGGAAAUUUAGGGGCGUUGAGAACAAAGAAAUUGUUAGAGUUUCCUUUUUUAUUUUUAUCUAGUAUGAAUAUGAAUCCACUUGGUAGUAAGAAAAGAUCUUUUACAAGAAGGUUGGCUAGGGAUUUCUUGUAAAAACAUUAGCCCCGCUUAGUUCAUAAUGACAUCAAAUUUUUCCAUAUCCAUAUAUUUAUUAUUUUCAUUAUGCACCUAAAGGAGGAGCCGUAUGAGAUGAAAAUCUCACAUACGGUUCUGAAACGGAGAAUUCGUUAAAGCGAAUGACGACCGUAACGGAUGUCGGCUCAAUCUGAAGGAAAUUAUGCGGAAGCAUUACAGAAUUAUUAUGAAGCUAUGCGACUAGAAAUUGACCCCUAUGAUCGAAGUUAUAUACUCUAUAAUAUAGGCCUUAUCCACACAAGUAAUGGGGAACAUACCAAAGCUUUAGAAUAUUAUUUUCGGGCAUUAGAACGAAACCCCUUUUUACCACAAGCUUUUAAUAAUAUGGCUGUGAUCUGUCAUUACGUGCGACUAUCUCCACUAUAGAAAAAAAGAACGAACAGCUAGUCAAUGAAAUACUAGAAAAAAAAAAAGGCUUUCUACAUAAGCAUCGUCCAAAACGAUUUUUUAUCAGCUGUAGCAAAUAAAUAAACUUCAUGGAUCGAAAUAUGAAGUGAAGACUAGAUAUGCCUAAAUACUUUAUUUUCUAUGGAUAAAAAAAGAUUUAAUUGAUAGAGGAAGCACCGUAAAGAUCAACUGGAAAGGUUUUGGACCGAUACAACAAGAGCUGUUUAUUUAUAUCAUAAUAUGAGAUAAAUCUUAGAAAUCUACUUAUGUAAUAGAGUGGAUCCCCUAAGGUAUUGAGCAGCGGUGUAGCAUCAGAUCCUAAAGACAGUAAGUCUUUUUCUUUUUUAUGAUAUGAAGUAUGAAAAAAAGUCUUUUUCAACGAUUCUAUAUAAAUUUAUAUAUGAAAGCGGGAUAGUUACCUUUCAGAAAAUUCUAAUAUCUAAUAACAGUGGACAUGCCUUUUUUUUUCUGAAGGUAGGAGAAAAGAUAAAACUUAUUAUUAGAUUAAUUAAUAUAUUAAUUAAAUCAAAACGAAAGUUUGAAACUCAUGUAAUUACUCUCUUUUGUUUAAUCCAAGAAAAACCGAAUGAAUAUCUAUAAGAAAUCUCAUUCAAUUAGAUAUAAAGUUAAAGUAGGUUAAAGUGAAAAAAACUGGUACACCAAAACAAAAGAGUUGGUUGUCGAGCCGUAUGAGGUAGGAAACUCUCAAGUACGGUUCUCAGGGAGGGAAUUGACCCGCCUAUUCCGACCGUGGAGAACAGGCCAUUCAACAAGGAGAUUCUGAAAUGGCGGAGGCUUGGUUUGCUCAAGCCGCCGAGUAUUGGAAACAGGCUAUAACGCUUACUCCUGGUAAUUAUAUUGAAGCACAGAAUUGGUUGACGAUCACGAGGCGCUUCGAAUAAGAACUUUUUCUUUGUUUCUUUUUUUUUUAUUCUAUAAUAUAUCUUUAUUUGUUUUUACAAUUAAUUGUUUUUUAGUUUCUUGGCCCUCUCGGUCAAAUAAACCAGAUUCUUUUUUCUAUCAGAAGAACCAAUCCCAGAAAAAAAUUUCAUUAUAUCCUUUUCUCAAAUCGUUCUAUUUAAUCUGGUAUUCUCUAGGGAUAAGUAGUACAUGAAUAUGAGAAUAUCUAUAAUAUCUAUAUCUAGUUUUUUCUAUUUUUUUCUUUUCGACUAUUAAAACGAAUAAAAGGGAUUUGAAAAUGACUAAAUAUCAAUACUAGAAUGUUU